AUGCCACGAGAAAAAGAUAAUUAUAUACCUCAGACAAAGCAUAGUUCAUUUUACACGGGUGGACCAUUUGCAUUAUCCGAAGAUGGUUGCUAUCUCAUUUGUACCUAUAAUGUACAGAUAAAUGUAAUUGAUACUGAGAGUCAAAAUAUCAUCCGAACACUAAGUCAAGAUACUUCAGAAAUUGCAUCAAUAGCACUCAGCAAUGUUGAAGGCAUUCUCGUUGUUGCAUAUCGUAAUCAGUUAAUUCGUCAGUGGAAUUGGCAAACGGGUGAAUGUUUACGUACAUGGAAAUCCGUACAUAAGGGAGCAAUAUCAUGCAUGCUCUUCAAUGAAACAGGAACAUUACUAGCAACAGGUGGUACAGAUUAUACCGUGAAAAUUUGGGAUGUUCAACAGCAGUAUUAUACGCAUAAUUUGAAAGGUGCUUUAGGGAUUAUACGUGCUCUGAUAUUUUACACGAAUGAUAGUAUGAAAAUGCAUUUGAUUAGUGGUUCUGAUGAUGGUAAAAUUCAUGUGCAUAAUUUACAUUCAACCAUGCCAGCAACCAUUCUGGAUGGACAUAUGAGUGCAAUAACAGCAUUUGUUCUAGACAAAGACAUUUUAAUCAGUGCUGGUCGUGAUCGCGUUGUGAUUAUUUGGGAUUUGCAAACGAUGAUGUCCUUACGAACUAUUCCAGUCAUGGAGGCUGUUGAAUCUCUUAUUGUAUUGCAAUCAAAUGCUAAUGUCAAACAAUUAAGAUUAAAACAAGCAUUGUCAUCGCAUGAUAAAUAUUUCUUUACAUUUGGCAAUGCGGGUUUGAUGAAAUUGUGGUCUAUUCAAACCGGUCAAUGUUUACACGUUCAAGAAGAUAAAUCGUAUGAAAAAUCGAUUAGUCAAUAUCAGAAAGAUAAAGAACAUCAACAAGUAUUUCUUCAAGCAUUUUAUAAUAAGAAAAAACAAUUAUUUUAUGCUAGCACAAUCGAUCAUACGAUUGUUUCAUUCGAUAUACAAACUCUAACAUUACAAAAGCAGUUUAUUGGAGAGCUCGGUGAAAUAUUAGAUGUCAGAUUUUUUGGUAAAGAAAAUGUUACACAUGUCAUAGUAGCAAGCAAUGAUGAAAAGUUAAAAAUUUUCGAUUAUAAUACAUGGCAUUGUCAAGUACUCAAAGGACACACAGAUAUUGUUAUUGGUUUGGAUAUUAGUUAUGAUCAUACAUUAAUAGCAACAUGUUCUAAGGAUGAUAUUGUAAGAAUUUGGUCGUACAAUAAGUCCUUAUUGUCAUUUCAUUGUGUCGGAAUUGCCGAAGGCCACACUGCCGAUGUAGCUACAGUCGCAUUUGCAAAAACAUCGAAUUUAUUUCUUGUCUCUGGUAGUCAGGAUACAACAGUUAAAGUGUGGUCCCUCGAAAGCCUAAAUGAAGAUGGAAAACCGAGCACAUUAACGUCAUCAUUUACGCUAAAAACACACGAUAAAGAGGUGAAUAGUGUGGCUGUAUCUUUCAACGAUAAACAUUUUGCAACCGGUUCCGCUGAUAAGACGGCAAAAGUGUGGGAUAUUCGAAGUCAAAAACUGUUAGGUGUAUUACGAGGUCAUCGGCGUGGCAUUUGGUGUGUGCAGUUUUCUCCAGUGAAUUCCGACUUAGCUACAGCAUCGACUGACGGUUCGAUUAAAAUAUGGUCUUCCAAGGAUUUUGUUUGUUUACAAACAAUUGAAGGACAUGAUGCGUCUGUACUUCGUAUUGCUUAUUUAUCAGCUGGCACACAGUUAAUAAGCAGUGGUUCGGAUGGUUUGUUGAAAUUAUGGGAUUUAAAAACGACAACAUGUAAGAAGAGUAUUGACGCACACGAUGGUAAAAUUUGGGGCAUGGCACCAUCGUCGGAUGAAUCAUUGUUAGUCACAUGUGCUAGCGAUUCAUCAGUUAUUAUUUGGCGAGAUUCAACUGAAGAAGAUAAACAAGCAGCACGAGAAAAGGCAGAAGAACUGCUAUUAAUGUAA